ACUGAAUUUAUUCUAAGAAUGAACGAGCAGAAAUCGGUCUUCAUCCGCGUUGCUAACUCUUCUUCAUCGCCCAGGCACCACGGUCCCCGGACGUCAUCUUCGAUUGCCGGAGCAGGCCGCAGCGCGUAGAAGAAUCCGACGGGAAGGACCGGUCCACAGCAGGGGCACCCAGCCCAGUGGCACAGGCCCCCUUAAAACAGUAGUAUUAGCAGCGCCUGUGCAAGAAAGCUAGAGAAGAGUAGAAGCAGUCUGUGCAUUUCGGACAUUCAAUUGCCCAAUCCCAAAAUAUUAAUUUGCAGCAGCCCAAGAAAAUCAAUUAAAUAAUCAAUCGACACCUUUCCACAUUCCCCCAAUCGGCAAUUUGCUCUGCAGCGACAAAGGUUUGACAAGUCCAGGAGGAUUACCUAAAGCCUCCAUUCUGUUGAAUAGGUGAUUCCGCUCGGCGCUCGUAGGCUCGCUGAACCAGGUAAUCCUGCCUCAUCCUCUUCGCAAGCAACUAAACAGAGCAAGCCGCUGCGGACUUGCGGAGUGCGGACAAUGCUGAAAAGCUGAAGGGAGCCGUCUAUCCGUCGCCUACUAUCAGCUACGCCGUCAUCCUCCGUCUACAUAUCAGCUACGCCGUCCUUUGCCGUCGUCCUCUGUCUAAAACUAGUCACUCUUUGCGGGAAAUUAGCAUUAAUAGUGGUGGUAAGAUACACUGAAAAGCUCUGAUCAGUAACUGGAAUGGCCUUUCCAAGAAUGCUGCAUUGCCUUACUCGUAGCCUCAUUACACAUUCUUCGAGAUCACUACAAGUCUGUAUUGUCGGUAGUGGGCCUGCUGGAUUUUACACUGCCGAUAAGAUUCUUAAAGCACAUGAAAGAGCUGAAGUCAAUAUACUUGACCGGUUACCAACACCAUUUGGGUUAGUCCAAUAUGGUGUUGCUCCAGAUCAUCCUGAAACCAAGAAUGUGAUAAACCAAUUUUCUUGGAUACUUCAAGAUGGACGCUGCUCAUUCUUUGGAAAUGUCUCUCUUGGGUCGUUGAUAUCCUUGAGUGAGCUGCGUGAUCUAUAUGAUGUGGUAGUGCUUUGCUAUGGUGCUGAAGGUGAUCGAGAUCUUGGCAUUCCUGGUGAAGAUUUUUCAGGGAUAUAUCCUGCUAGAGAGUUUGUCUGGUGGUAUAAUGGGCAUCCUGACUGCAGAUACUUGGCUCCAGAUUUGAAGAACACUGAUACAGCUGUUAUUGUUGGUCAGGGAAAUGUUGCUCUUGAUAUGGCCCGUAUGCUUUUGCGACCAACAGCAGAGUUGGCAAAAACUGAUAUCGCCUCCCAUGCCUUGGCUGCUCUAGAAGAGAGUUCUAUAAGAAAAGUUUAUGUUGUUGGCAGACGUGGACCGGUGCAAGCAUCUUUCACCGCGAAGGAAUUGCGUGAAACUCUUGGUAUCAAGAAUUUGUUCAUUCACAUUGACAGAGUAGACCUGCAUAAAACUCCUGCUGAUGAGGAUGUACUCAAGAAUAAUCGGAUCAAUAGGAGAGUUCAUGAGUUGCUGUCUCAGGCAGCUACUCCUACAUCUUUAUUCCCUUCUCCUGGACAACGUGAACUGCACUUUGUUUUCUUUCGAAAACCAGACAGGUUUUUAGAAUCAGAUUCUAGGUCUGGGCAUGUGGCUGGGGUGCACUUUGAGCGAACAACUCUUAGAGAUGUUGGAUCUGGAAAAAAGAUUGCAGUUUGUACAGGACAGUUUGAGGACAUGAGAUGCGGGCUGGUUUUGAAAAGCAUUGGUAAUAAGUCAAUAUGUGUAGAUGGCUUACCUUUCGAUCACAAGAAUGGCAUAGUUCCAAACAUUAGAGGUCGUGUCCUAAGUGAUUCUACACAUCUUACAGAGGUUGAGAAGGGUUUAUAUGUAUGUGGUUGGUUGAAAAGAGGAGCAACUGGAAUCAUCGGUACCAAUCUUUAUUGUGCUGAAGAGACUGUUACUAGCAUCUGUGAGGAUAUCAAGAAAGGAAUUUUACCAUCUGACUCUUCAUCAAAGCCAGGGAAGAAGGGCCUUCUUGAACUACUAGAUACAAGAAACUGAGUAGCCGUCCCAUCUGAAGAGAAGAGAGAUGGUGUUUGAGAGAUAAUUUGGUUUUGACAGAUCUUCCAUCUCCAACUGCAACUGCUCAUUUUUGAAGAUUGAAGUAAUAAGAUCUCUUAUCUUCACAAGGUUUUGUAGCGGUUUAAUGUUGUUUUUGAAUGUGUAAAUUUUAUUUUCUAAAACAAAUUUGGGUGUUGACAGGGAUCAAUUUGUUUUAUCGUCGGUCAAAUAUCGUAGACCGUAAAUUGUCUUACAAAUUGGGACGGAGGGAGUAUUAAUUAUAUUUCAUUAUUUUAAACUAGUCCAAUUUAUUAGUUUUAACCGCUAAUUUUAGGUUAACAAGUCAAUCAAUAUUCCUUUAGUCAAUACGCCAAAACAAAUUAUAUUUCAUUAUUUUAAACUAGUCCAAUUUAUUAAUUUUAACCGCUAAUUUUAGGUUAACAAGUCAAUCCAUAUUCCUUUAGUCAAUUCACCUCAAAACAAAUUUAGCUACUAAACAUCAUUUUUGUAUUUGACAAUAUAAUGAAUAAAUUCAACAUUAACAAGAAAUUAAACAUGUAUGAUAGCAAAAAUUAAAUAAAAAUAAUAUUCUGCCAAAAUGAACUAGUAGGAAUUAAAAUAUGACUUUCUGGAAUUUUUCACGAAUUUACUAACCUAAAAUCCAAUUUUAACAACUAAUUCAUAAUAUUCCCAAUAUUAACUAGAAAUAUGCGAUUACGCCAUUACGCCAAUUUUCCAGUUCCCACAAGUUGCAGUCCCUCAGCCCGCCGAUUAUGCCAUGGAUCCUUCCACCAUUGAUCCUGUUGUUCUGAAGAGGAAAAGCAAAAGGCAAUGGUGAAUGAGUUGAUUGCUAACGUCACAAGUUCGUGUUGGGACAAAUGCAUUACCAGCGGUCCAGGAAGCAAGUUCAGCUUCAGCGAAACAAGUUGCUUAUCCAACUGUGUCCAACGCUAUGUUGAUAUGUUUGGCUUUAUUGUAAAGCGUUUCCAGUCGAUGAACUAGCAAGAUACAGAGAGAACAUCAAGUAGUAGAAAAAGUGUUGGUUUGUACCCUUCAUGUGCAAUUGUUGGCAAGUUUUUUACUCCGAAAUCAACAUUACACUAUUAUUCAUUUCCGACUGACUAGUCAUCAUCUUCAUCUAAAAAAAGCAACUAAAAAUAGGCUAAGUUAGUUCUAAAUUUUGUAUUGACUACUGGGAGUUAGAUCAAAGUAGAUUAAACCGAUAUGAG